AUGCGCAUUCCCAUCCUGUACCCCUUGCAGCCCCCUUGCAGUCCCCUUCCAAGCCAGCCCGGUAUUUGUCUUCCUGCCCGCCCUAAUCGCUCGCUGGGAUCACCGCUGUGGCUCUUCCAGCUGCGACUGACGUUAUCUUUGAACUCGGCCGGAUUUGCUCUUCGCAUCAACGGGUCAUGUCUUCCUGAGCAAGUCGACUGCGGGGCCACCGUCAACCCCUUUCGCGUCUGCUGCCCAGGCGGAACUCAGUGCCCCCACGCGUACAAUGUCGUUUGUUGUCCUUCCGAGGCGAACUGCACCUCAACACUGCUUGAAUCCCCUCGAUGUGCCGACCGAGGCUGGGAUCUGUACGAUAACGAGGGGUAUUUCUGUUGCGACAAGGACACCACCGGGUUUGCCCGCUUGGGCAACAGUGACGGAUGCGCGGUGCCAGGGUAUUCCUUCCACGAGGACGACAAGUUACUCAGUGUAGUGCUGUCCGCCGAAGGCAUGAUCUCGCAAGCUUCCCCCUCGCCGACUGGACCCUCCAUGUCCACAUCAUCUGGUAUCACCCCCGGAUUCUCAGCCACCAUGGCUCCCAUUUCGACCCCAACCCUUGACACAGAGUCCCAGGAGGAAACAAACGACAGAGGGCAUGUCGCGGGGAGUAUAGUAGGAGGCAUUGUUGGGGUUGGGAUCAUAUCUGGUUUAGUGUGGUUUUUCAUCACCCGGCGCAAUAAGUCCAAGGAGCUGGACGAAGACUCCGACUCAUCUCCCCAACCCGAAGUUUUGGAAGGCCAUGUCGUCGAGGCCGAUGGCGACAGACCACCAGUGGAAUUGGGGGCGAACGAGAAACAGACAGCGCCAGUUGAACUUCCGUCGGAGCCACUGGGACGAGAACGCGUGAAUGGCUUGCUUGGCCUGGUCUCCAUUGGAUCCCACCGGCUCUUUUUAGAGGUGCGGGGUAUCGUCCGCACCCUAGGAGAGCCCCUGGUCGUCUUCCUAAUGGGAGCAGGAGAUGUAGCUGCUUCGUAUCGCGCCAUCGAGCGUCUGAUAAGCCCCUUUACCUCGCUCGUCCUGUACGAUCGCUCGGGUUUAGGUCGCAGCGACGAUGGCCCACGGCCUCCGUCGGCUGCCACGGCGGCGGAAGAAUUACAUCAGUUGCUGCUAGUGGCCGACCUGCACCCUCCACUUCUCCUCGUUGGCCAUUCCUACGGCGGUAUUAUUGCCCGGGAGUAUCUUGACGCCUAUCCAGAAAGCGUGGCUGGAAUGGUAUUGGCCGAUGCCUCGACGGAGCGACAGCCGGAGUUGUUCCGCAACCCCGAUCUUGAUAUCCCCGCCGUGUUGGGUGAUCUGAGAUUCGCCCAGGUCACUGGCCUCCGCGAUGCGGCGCGACUGUCCCGCGACGAGUGGCGUACUCGGGCCGCCCAUAUCGCCCGCGGAUCCACCACGGAACGUGCCGAGGGCUUGGCUGCUGUGGAGGUUUGUCAGUCGCUGGCGCGGAAGAACCAAUAUCACAGUUGCGCAAUGGGAGACAGGCCGCUGAGUGUAAUCUGCUGUCGGGGGGUUGACGAUUAUCGACGGAUCUACGAGGCGGGGAUACGAGCAGGGAAUGGCACCGAGUCACAGCGUAUAGCCUUUCGUGACUUACUCGAGCGCUGGGAAGCCAUGAAUGAUGAGAUGCAACGGGACCAGCUGCAACUGUCUGGCGUCCAUCGCUAUGUGUCGCUACCAGAUUGUGGUCACCAUAUUCAUCUGAUCCGUCCGGAUGUACUGGCCCAAGAGAUCCAGUGGGUCAGGGAACGGAUCGAAUUGAGUCAAGAGAGGGGUAAGAUUUGA